CUGGCCGUCGCCCACCUUACCCCUGGGCUCUGGGGUUUUGGAUUACCCUCCAUUUUUCAGCCCAGCUCGAAGAGCUUCCAAAAUGGCGGCAUCGCUGCUCCUCAAGAGCGCUCCGCUCCUGCGGCUCCGCCUCCAAUACCACUGCCUCGCAGUCGCUACUCUCCCGCCGCUACGCCGUACGUGGUGCUCUACCGCCGCCGGGCCCACUCGGCUCGACGACGAGGUCUCCGCCGCGGAGACGAGCGGCGACCUUUCGAGAGCUCCGGACCGGACCAAAUACUUCAGCGUCCACGAUCCUGAUUACCGGAAAUGGAGGGAGAAAGAGGACGAGAUUCUAGCCGACAUCUCGCCCAUAAUUUAUCUCGUCAAAGACAUUAUCCACUCGGACAGAUAUGUGGAUGGAGGGAAGCUGGAAGCUGAAGAUGAGAAGGCUGUGGUGGAGAAGCUUCUCGCUUAUCAUCCGAAUUCCGAAGACAAAAUUGGAUGUGGGCUCGAUUCGAUAAUGGUUGAUCGACAUCCACAGUUCAAACACUCGAGGUGCCUGUUCGUGGUGAGAACCGACGGUGCUUGGAUAGACUUCUCGUAUCAGAAGUGCCUGCGGGCAUACAUCAGGGACAAGUAUCCAAACUUCGCGGAGAGGUUCAUUCGAGGACAUCUCAAGCGCGGGAGCUAAUCAAGGUUCUUUUGCUGCAACUGCUACCAUGUUUUUUUUUAUACGAGAGAUCUUGAGUGUGAUGUGAUCAUGUAAAUUAAGGGGAUGUGAAACCAUAGCUAGGUGACAGUCAGUAAUUGUCAGUUGGUUGGGAUGUUGUUCUUCAAGGCCGACCUGCCCUUAAGACCAGGUCAAGGCCAUGUUUGUCAAAAUGUGGUAGAUAAUCCUUGACUAACUGAAGAAGAAGAAGAGAGAUGGGAGUGAAGAAAAAAUGAUUGAAAUGAACAACCCCACUUUUGUUGACCUGCAUAUCUGUUUGUCUCUUCACUUUGCUUGUGCAGAAAUCAAAUGCUUUCUCCCA